UUUGCCUCACUUUUUAUUUAACGGGGAAUUCAUCAAGAGAUUCCACCUCUACAGCUAGAUGGCGUACCACCCACGAAACGACCUUGGUUAAUUCGUCUGCUAGAAAAUAACUCUUCCCUUCAGCCCUCCAGCUGCCCUGUGGUUUCACUUUCAAUGGAGUUUGAAGCGAAGAGAGGGACAAGAAAGUUGGCAGAAUAUUGCUCAGUGAAUCGGUAGAGAAGGAAAAAAGGACAAUUCGGCUCAGUGUAAUUGAGAUCAAUGAGGUUGAUCGAUUGUCAUUGUCAUUCUAGACGUUCUUUACCAGUUACCAAGUGAAGAUGACGUCUGAAAUUUGCGACGUCGACGACUCCGCCAAGGAGAUGUCGUCUUCUUCAACUACAGACAGUCAAAUGCCACUCAUGGAAGAUCACAGAUCCGAAUCCGCCACGACAUCCACUCAAAUUCACGAUUUGACUGAUGAGCACGAUGGAGGUCGACGGAGGAUGGGACGAAGCUGGCCGCGCUGUUGCGCCAUUUCGGGAUUGGUGACCGCCGUCGUUUGCGCCAUUCUGGCCCUCACGUUUCCCUUACUCUACCACGCCAUCCUCAAUUAUGAAUUGUCAUUACAAAAGGGGACGUUCACAUACAAAAUGUGGGAAGAACCUCCGAUCGAUAUGUACAUCAAAUUGUAUUUCUUCAAUAUAACCAACAGUGAAGAGAUUCUGGAAAACAAUCAGGCGAAACCUGUUCUUCAACAGUGUGGACCUUACACAUUCAAAGAAUCGCACCAUCGAGUCAACAUCCAACCUCAUGACAACUACACGAUGACUUAUCAGCAACGUCGAGUCUGGCAUUUCGUCGAAGAACUCAGCAACGGAACUCUUGCCGAUAAUAUUACGACCCUUAACGUUCCAUUAGUGGGAGCCACUUACACUCUCCGUUUUCAGCCGCUCUGGUACAAAGUUGGAUUCAACCGAAUUGUCAGAUUGCUCGGUAGCCAGCUCUUUGUGACAAAGAAUGCUUCUGAAUUGACUUUUGAAGGAUACGCUGAUCCCCUUCUCGAACUUGGCAAACGUUUACCGCCCGGCACUUUCCCUCCUUUCGAUAAAUUCGGUUGGUUUUACCAGCGCAACAAUUCCGAAUCGUUCGACGGAGUGUUCAAUGUUUUUACCGGAGCAGAUCACAUUAGCAAAGUGGGCGAGAUGGAUUUGUGGAACUACUCAUCACAUACCAACUUUUAUGAAUCUUAUUGUGGAAUGGUCAAUGGAUCUUUUGGUGAGGCUUGGGCUCCUCGUCGUAAUAAAACAAGCAUCUCCAUGUACGUCACCGACAUCUGCAGAUCCGUGACAUUAGACUACGAAAAGGAAGUCAUUGAUGCAGGUGUGCCCGCGUAUCGCUAUACUGCCACAGAGAAAGUCUUUGCCAAUGCCACGGUCCAUCCGGAUAAUUGGUGUUUCUGCUCGGGAGGUGCUUGUAAUCCUUCCGGAAUAGGAAACUCAUCCACUUGUCGUUUCGGUGCACCCGUUUUCACCUCUUACCCACACUUUUACCUGGCUGAUCCUUAUUACAUCGACCAAGUGGAGGGAUUAAGACCUGAAAAGGAUCUCCAUCAGUUCUACAUUGAUUUGGAACCAGAAAUGGCAGUUCCAACGUCGGUUAGGGCUCGCUUGCAAAUCAAUAUUCUCAUUGAACCAGAUAUUGACAUAGAUGCCGUGAGGAAUCUCAACCGGACGUUCCUCCCUCUUGUCUGGUUUGAAUUGAGUGCCGAUUUGACACCGGAUCUGGGCGUUUGGAUCAACUUGGCCAACCGGGUGCCAGUUUUCGGCACGGCCGCGUUUUUCGGCUUCCUCUGCCUCAGUCUGGUGGCCGUGGCCGUCUCAGGUGUGUUCCUUGUCAAGAGGAGAUCGCGGACUCACGCCAUCGCUUCGGUCGACCCCGCCAGCAAAGAAAGCGACAUGAUUGACUCUUGAAAAGGCUCGUCGUUCAGCUGUUGUUGAGUUCAGCGUCGUCGUCGUCCUCCCACUUCUUUCUCCCAAAUCGUAUUUGAUUUUGUACUCGGCAAAGUAGGUAAAGAAAAAAUUUAUAUGAAUUCCAAAUAUUCAAGUGAUCAUCUGUUGCGCAUCCAUGUGUCUUACUAUUUCCAUUACGUUGAUUCUAUACUGACCACUACUAUUAAGAAUUUAAUGCAAUACGUAUAUGUUUUUGUGCCUUUUUGUUUUAACGAUGAUAUUGUAGGUGCCUUAAUCGCCGCAUGUGUUUAUAUUGUUGAUGAAAUCGCCUUGGUCAAGCGAAUCGCUGACCGUGAAAACAUCAAGAUGUGCUUAUUUGUAGAUGGUUGGCUUACGUCAGCUAGUCACCAAACUCGUUACAAUUGAUAGUUGUGAUUUCCAACGUCGUUUUAGAGGGGCAAUCAACGCCAAUUUAUUGUGAUGUAUUUUCAAGUCCCCUCUCUCUAAAACCCUCUUUUUUCCGCUUCUUCCUUUUGUUGUUCUAUGGGGUAACAUCUAUCUAGUGUAUCGAAAACAUCAAUAGAGAGUGCCUUGACUUGACUGUCACACACUGACAAACUGCUCAUUGUAAUAUAAUACAAAACGGUAUCUGUGUA